UGCAAGUGUGAUUGCUGGCAUCUUCAUGGGCUCCAGAGGUCACAGCACGCUCCCACGGACUCUCAUGGCCCCUCGGAUGAUUUCUGAGGGAGACAUAGGAGGCAUCGCUCAAAUUACCUCCUCUCUCUUCCUGGGCAGAGGCAGUGUGGCCUCCAACCGGCACCUCCUCCAAGCUCGUGGCAUCACCUGCAUCGUUAAUGCUACCAUUGAGAUCCCCAAUUUCAACUGGCCCCAAUUUGAAUAUGUUAAAGUGCCUCUGGCUGACAUGCCCCAUGCCCCCAUUGGACUGUACUUUGACACUGUGGCCGACAAGAUCCACAGUGUGAGCAGGAAGCAUGGGGCCACGUUGGUGCACUGUGCCGCGGGGGUGAGCCGCUCGGCCACUCUCUGCAUCGCUUACCUGAUGAAAUUCCACAGUGUGUGCCUGCUGGAGGCGUACAACUGGGUGAAAGCCCGUAGGCCUGUCAUCAGGCCCAACGUAGGUUUCUGGAGGCAGUUGAUAGACUACGAGCGCCAGCUCUUUGGGAAGUCGACAGUUAAAAUGGUACAGACACCUUAUGGCAUAGUUCCAGACGUUUAUGAGAAAGAGUCCCGACACCUGAUGCCUUACUGGGGGAUAUAAUGCCACCAAAGCCUGCAUCAGCAGCCCCUUGAGCAGUACCAGCAUCUGCUACACACCGUCCGUUCCCCUCUUCACCUUUCUUUUCAAAUGGUUGACUCCUGGCUCUCCCUGAAGUGUUUUUUACACUGGGUGUUCAGGUUUAUUUUAAAAGAUGGGGGGUGGGGGGGAGGAACAUAAGGGGAAUGCAUACAUUGCUAGUAACAUUUUUAAAACUAACAUUUUGGAAUAGUGUUUAUGAAAAUCUUUAACUGGCUUUUAAUCAUUUUUAACAAUUUGAACAGUUUAAUAAACUGUUUGGUUCUGCUAUAUUCUGAAUCCCAUGCCUUUAGGCAUCAUGGCAGGUGCCAGAGGAGCUCAGUGCAAAAAUCACUUUGGGUCCUGAUUAACCCUUUAGAGACAAGCUUUGCCCAAGGCUGCUGACCACACAAAUGCUUAGGGAAGAUUGAUACCAGCUUCAGUCUCUACUGGAUUAGCUCUACUCUUUCCUUUCCUAUUUAGUGACUCUGUAAGUUAAAAAACAAAAACAAAAAAACCUUUGUUAUCUAGUUGUUAAGUAAUUAUAAUGAAAUCUGCUGCAAACACCCUCUUGGAAUCAUUGUGCCCCAGGACUACAUUAGCAUUAUUUUUAAUAAAUAUAUCUGCAUAACCUAUUAGAAUUUU